UAGUGCCGAUGCGUUGGUUCAAAGUUUCAGUCAAUGUAUUUUUGCUCAAAUUUUCCUUCAUCGUGAAAUUAAAGACAUCAUGGGUAGAGAUUUGCACCGUAAAGGCAAAACUGAUCGUUUGGUUAUUAUUGCGCUGUUUAAAUCUUGUAAAUAAAGUAGGAUACAAAGAAGUUAAGCAAACUUAUGUUUAUUACGAGGAGUUACUAACUCAUGAUAAAAUUAUAAAUCACCGGUAUUCUACAUUACCAUGCCAGCCGGAAGCUUUCGCCACUUUCGAAUUCGAGAUUUUUCAUCUGUACAAGCAGAAACGGCGCUGUUCAUCUUACUGCGCCUUUUUUUAUUCAUAUUAGGGACUUUUACUGGAUAUUCUGCUGGAGCUCGAUCGUGUAUCUCCGCAACUCUCGAUAUAAAUGAUUCUGUUUACGGACUGAUAGUGUCCAUUCAGUUUUGCGGACUGUGUGCUGGUCUAGUAAUAUUUUCUACGGUUUUUCAUAAUCAUCGUCCGAUGCUGUCGGCGCUGACGGUGAUGUCCAACGGGAUUUUCAUCAUUUUGAUCGGAAUCGUCCUUAAUCAUUAUAAUGACAACAGAACUCGCAGCGGAAGUGAUCCAUUAGGAAACAACGAAUCUAAUUUCAAUGCGACAGCUUUGUUGUGCAAUGAGGAUUGGCUAAGAAGCACCAAUCAUAUGCAAAAUGGUUACCGCUUCAAGGACAUCGAUGCGCCCAGAACGGGGGUGUCGGUGACUUUAGGGAUUAUUUUCGGGGCAGUUGGGAUGACAGCCGGUUUACCCAUGACAAUGAUCCUCAAACGCGACAAACAACCAGUUUUUACUGCUCUUGUAUUCAACGUGGGAGCGGCAGCAGGAAUGCUUCUCCCCAGGCCGGCUGCCCAGUCAUCGUUUCCGGUUGAACUGGAUAUUAACGCCAACACUGUAUGCAGCUCCGGAUUUAUUCUCUGCGGAUGCGCUAUCUUUCUUUUGGGAGCUUGCUUCAGUGGCUUUCCGAGUGGCACACUUCUGAAUACAGAUGAUCCUUGCGUGGUGUAUAUCCCCGGAAAUCGAGCUAGUUUAAGAGAUUGUUUGGGCAAACUCGGAAUACUAAUGCGAAAAUGUGGUUUCUGGUGUGUGGUUGCAGUUAUCGCGGCUGACUGCUUGUAUAUAAGCGUGUACAUAAAUAUUUUUCCAAAAUUUCUAAGCGUUUACUUUGAUGUUUCAUCCCUUACAUCCGGCAUCGCAACAAGUUUAUGCCUAAUCUUCCCGUAUGGACUAGUGGCAGCUUUAAUUUACGUUGUGAGCACUCGCUGGCACCAAACCAAAAAUUUUAUUAUGAUCUGUACGGUCUUCGUGUGUACUGGACAUUUUCUGUUGCUCUUCGUUCGGUGCGAAUCUUCUGUCUGGAAUCAAAAUGCCGUGGAAUCUCAAAAAGAGAAUCGAAUAAUAUUUAAAAAUAUCUGCAAUGACAAAUGUGGGUGCCAGACUUCAUUCAGCAGCCUCCGGCCAGUGUGCCAUAAAGAAACUAAAGUAACCUUUGCAUCGCCAUGUCACGCUGGAUGUUUUUCUUGGACAGCCGAUAAUGAGACUUUUACAAAUUGUGAAUGCGUUCUGAAUGGAAAAGAUGACCUUUUGCCCCCUUUGGACGUGUCGUUGUCACCCGGUGUAUGUUCUCGUAAUUGUUCCGUGGGAUUCUGGAUGACGAUACUGAUUACAACAUUAUUAAUCAGUUUUGGAGGUUUUGUUCCGUUAAUUUUAUUGCAGCAGUGGCAGAAGAUGUGUGCAAUCCUUAUCGGAGCGAGUCAUACUUCUUUAAUCCCGAAAGUGGCUUUCUUUUGUUUGAUUUUGCUAUUUGGAAUUGUGCCGGCACCCAUCAUUUCCGGAUUAUUGUUAGACUCGACAUGUGUUUUAAAAAACGAUGGACCAUCACCAGACUUAUCCGCGGCAACGUAUACGACGUGUCUCCUUCACACUUCCGAUAAGCUGGGAAAUCGUCUGUAUGGGUUACUCCUCUUGGCGAAAAUCGUUAUUUACACGCUUUACUUUACGACAUUCAAAUACAACAACCUAUUACACGUACAAAAUAAUGCUCCGGAAUCCAGUGUUCAGUACCGUCCGAUUGUCAAUACGGAUACACAAUAAAUUUGGCGCGGCCGAUUGUGGAUGGUCAGGAACUGCAGUAGCAUAAAAACAUUAAACUAAAACAUCAACACUGCUUUCGCGGUCAAUAAUCUUGUUAUAGAGUCCGAAUCUUCAAUGUGAAUGCUUUCCCGUUGUUCCAGCAUCAUUCGUGUUUCUACUGAGCGUAUCAGCUAGUUAAUGAGCUUUUUCACUGGGAUUUAUAUUAUAAGCCCAGCUAAUAGUAGAAUAUUCUAAUGUGCAAAUGUACUACUGUAUUGUUGAAAAGAAAAUUUUUUAUUAAAACAUCCAGAUACAGAGCAAAAUUUAAAUUGCACUCAGCAAAAUAAUAUCACAAUAGUGAUGCUACUGUACCGGCUUUGCUGCGGCUGUGGUACUGCAAUUUAAAUGAUUACACAAAGUAAAGUUUGUUCUACCACACACCAAACAAAUACUCCCAGCCUAACUAAGAGUAAUUAUAGUAAUUUUGUGCUUCUGCACUCUUUUUGUAUCCUUAGCGUAACCUU